AUGCCUCAUCCGCUGGACCUUGGCCUGAACCUGGGCGUGAGCAAGAAGAAGAAGAGCAAAGGGAAGGGCGAUGUAGUGGUGGCCACUCCGUGGCAUAUAUCUGCUGGUGACCGAGACACCAAGACCUCUCUGGCCGCGACUGGCAGCGACUCGGUCGACGAUGCUGCAGGCCCUUCGGUUUGGCUGGAGUCGCGGAGGACGAAUUUCUUCGAAGAGUUGAAGGUGCAGCUGCGACGUGAGUGCACUUCAGAAGGACAGAGUCGAUACCCCAGCAUGGCCUUUGAACGUUGGUGGCUCUCUGCCAAAGAUCUCAGUUCCGGCGGCGAUCCGCUGCUUCCGACUCCGAAGGUGGCAGAGGACCCGGCACUCGUUUCGGACUUGGAGCGAUCUGGAUUCUCCGGGAAGGCCGCUUCCGAAAUCGCAAGGCGGCUUGCAUCCUCGUCGGAGGCAGCGGCCGCUUCCAUCCAACAGCCGGCAACGGCAAAGAAGUCCAGCAUGGAGGUGGUCGAGAUGCAGCGAUCUGAAGAAGGCGAUGAGGUGUUGUUGGUGUGCAAAUCCGCAGGAGCCAGGGUGCGCGUUUCAGGAUUCGCAUACAAGAAGCUGAAGAAGUUGUACGAGUUCCACGGAGUGCAGAGUUGCCCUUUCGAAAAGGCUGUCAUGGUCCUUGGAAUGCGAUACCUGGCAUUGGGUGGCACUGGCUUCCAGUUGGCCUUGCCUUCAGCGGCCUGGGGAGUUCUGCAGGAGGACUUCGCUGUGCAGGACUUGCCCAGACAGUGGAGGCGCGUGCUGCGCCGUGCGCACCCCAAGCUCGGGGUGCUCACACUGCUUGCUUGCGCCGUGGUGGCUGGCACUGCCUUCGCUUCAGGUUUCCACAGCUCUUCGCGGGGCCGAGGGCCCGUCCUGCGGGCCUUUCCUUGGGACCAGGAGGGCAACGCAAAGGCAGACAGAGCUUAUGCCUCCUUGGCAGAGAAGUAUCCGGAAGUUGCCGAGUCCGGCACCUUCAUGGAUGAAGCUGCCGGUAAAGAUGUCAUCGUCGGUCGCUAUGAGAAGCUGGGUCAGUUCCUAGGCUCGGACGUAGCCCUGACAAUGGUCGAGAAAGACCCCAUCUUGCUGCUGGGCGAUACCGACAUGCAGCAGCGCUCGUUCCAGUACUUGACUAGCUUGGAGGAUGACUCCAAGAAAGGCUUGGCCCUGGAGGCGGUCCAGAAAAACCCUCGCUUGCUGACGGUGCCGAUUUACGAGUACGAGCGGACCAAGCCUUCCUUGGAUGGGCUGAAUACCGCCGCUUCCGCCAUUGAUUUCCUGCGGCCGCUGGGCGAAGUGGGCCUGGCCGUGGCAAUUUUUUCCUCCUUUGUGGUGCUGAUCCUGGUUCUGAGGCCUGUGUUCUAUGGAGUGGGUGGUGGGCCGUCUCUCAUCGGCAUGCUCACCAGCGGACUGCCUCAGAUCCCUCGCCCUUGGGAAAUCGCACAGAGCUAUGGCAUCAAUCUGGCGAGUAUCGUGGCCCUGAUUCCCAUCUACCAGGUCAUCAGUGCUAUUCGAAGGCAGCUUCAGUGA